UACAACAUUUUGAAGCAUUAGUUCGAGACGAAGUGGACGAGUUGUCUUUGUUACGCCAUCGAAGGUUUUUUCAUUGUGACUGAAUACUGAAGUUCAUGUAAGUCAUGUCUGAAAGAGGCCGAGGUAGAAGUGGUGGCCGUGGACGUAGCCAUGAUGACAGAAAACAACCGUCUCAGUCACGCGGUGAAUUUGUCCCAGCAUCACAGCCUUCAACAAGUGCCUGGAGUCGUAGACCUGGUCCACCACAGCAAUCUGGACCAUCGUCCCAAACACCGUACAGCAGAACUCAAGGAGGAACACAGAGUGCCACCCGUGCUGUACAACGUACAAGUAGUGCCAGAGGUGAUGGUGCACCUGGUUAUGCAGCAGAAGGUGGACCUGAAAAAAUGGAGGUUGAAAGUGCGGCGGGUGCUGGAGGUGACGCGGGAACGCUUGGAAGAGGAGCUAUGCGUGGUCGACGACCUUUGCCUGCAGAAAUACAUACUAGACCAGCGAGUUUAGUCACCAAAAAAGGUACAACCGGAACGCCUACUAUGUUGCAAGCAAAUUUCUUCAAGUUACUUGCAACGACCGAUUGGUGCCUGUAUCAGUAUAGAGUUGAUUUUGCGCCUGAAGAAGAUCGCACCGUUAUACGAAAAGGUCUACUUAGACUUCACAAGGAAAAACUAGGAGCAUAUGUCUUUGAUGGAACAGUACUUUAUACAAGUUCACGUAUUCACGAUACUUUAGAACUCUGGUCUGUUAGACAAUCCGACGAUACUAAAAUUAGAAUCACCGUACGUCUUGUCGGAGAUAUGACUAAAGGUGAUCAACAUUAUAUUCAAUUCUUUAAUAUAAUAAUGAGAAAAUGCUUAUCUCUGUUAAAUCUCCAACUUGUUGGACGCGAUUACUUCGAUGCACGUAGCAAAGUAGAAAUUCGUGAGUUCCGAUUAGAACUCUGGCCUGGUUAUGUGACUUCCAUAAGACAACACGAAAGCAAUAUUCUCAUGUGCUCAGAAAUAACACAUAAAGUUAUGCGUCAGCAAACCUUGCUGGAUAUACUGAACGAUUGUUACCAACAAAGUCGCCAUGAAUAUAAGAAAUACUACCAAGAACAAGUUAUGGGUUUGGUGGUGCUUACGGAUUAUAAUAAUAACACGUACCGUAUAACUGAUAUAGAUUUCGAUGCAAACCCUAACUCGACGUUUCAAAUGAAAAGUGGGGAAAGUGUAUCUUAUAAGGAUUACUAUAAAAUUCGUGCAGGUCAAGCCGAAUUGAUAUAUCUUGUUCCUGAAUUGUGUCGUGCUACAGGGUUGACUGAUUCUAUGAGAGAGAAUUUCCAUUUGAUGCGUGCGUUAAGCGAUCAUACACGCGUGUCUCCUAAAGCUCGUAUAGAGAAAUUGAUGGCGUUCAAUAGAAGACUUCGUUCUGAACGUGCUAUAGUGCAGGAACUUAACGAGUGGAAUUUGAAGCUUGAUGAGAAAUUGGUUGACAUACCAGGACGUAUAUUGCCCCCGGAAAAAAUAGUGUUUGCCCGUAAUGUUUGUGGUUCUGCUGGACCGUUAGCAAACUGGACCAGAGAGCUGCACAAUAAAACAUUGUUCAACCCGACCAGGUUGCGCGAUUGGGUCGUAAUCUGUAUGUGCCGUCGUAUGGAGCACGAUGUUCAACGAUUCCUGGGGAUCUUGCAGGAAUGUUCCCGUAAAAUGGGAUGUGCAAUCGAGGCUCCCAGGAUUUGGGAUAUACCCGACGAUAGAUCGAACACCUACUCUGAUGCAUUGGAAAAAAUCAUGAGUACCUCGAACCCAGAAUUAGUGUUCUGCGUGGUAUCGAAUAAUCGAGCUGAUCGAUACGGUGCUAUUAAAAAGAAAUGUACCGUUGACCGACCAGUACCGUCUCAAGUUUUCAUGGCGAAAAAUUUGUCACCGAAAGAUCCGCGAUCGAUCGCUACAAAGGUGGCGAUACAGUUAGCGUGUAAAUUGGGCGGAGCUCCGUGGAGCGUUGAAUUGCCACCGAUUAAUUUAAUGGUUGUCGGUUUUGAUGUGUGCCACGACCCGAAUGAUAAAAGUCGCGACUUUGGUGCAAUGGUUGCAUCUUUGGACAAAAGUUUAACGAGAUAUUUCAGUGCUGUAAGCGCUCAUACCUUAGGGGAGGAAAUGUCUAAUGAGUUCUCCGUUAAUAUAACGAAAGCUUUACACUCUUACAGAGAAUUAAACAAGUGUCUACCGUCACACAUUGUGAUUUACCGUGAUGGUGUAGGCGAAGGCCAAGUUCCUUAUGUUUUUGAACAUGAAGUCGAACAAAUUAAAUCUAAGUUAAAGGAUAUUUAUGGUGAUCCCUCUGGCGUCAAAAUGGCGUUUAUCAUUGUGACGAAGCGCAUCAACACUCGAAUUUUCCACAAUCGGGAAAAUCCUCCACCAGGAACAGUAAUUGAUGACGUCGUUACAAAUCCAAUGAAGUACGACUUCUUUAUUAUACCCCAAAGUGUUCGACAAGGCACGGUAACUCCAUGUGCGUUUAACGUUAUUGCGGACACGACAGGCUGGAGAGCUGAUCAAAUGCAAAGAAUAACGUACAAAUUGUGUCACAUGUAUUACAAUUGGUCUGGAACCGUGCGAGUGCCCGCACCUUGCCAGUAUGCUCAUAAGCUAGCAUUCUUGGUGUCACAAUUCAUACGUCGUCCACCAAGUUCACAAAUGCAGAAUCUGUUGUAUUAUUUGUAACGCUUUUUUUCAUCACAUUCGAUAUUUUUCUUUUUCUCCAACUGACCAGAAGGGAAUAGUUUCCAGACGACAGUGUCAACAAAUUUAUUUUUAUUCGAAAUACUUCGUUAUAGUACUACGUGCGUAGUAUUAUUCACAUGUAUUAGUUAUAAGCAAACUUUUGUACUUGACAAAGAUGUGCGUCGAACAUGAUAAUUCGAACAUAUUUUCGUUUUACCUUUUUA